AUGGCAAACAAAAACAAGAAAGCACCCAUACCUAAAAACGCAAACAUUAGUCAAGAUGUCGAAGACGAUGAUGAUGAUGAGGAGGAAACUGUUACCACUUCAUUUCAAUCGAAAUUUGCUAAUCUAGUUUCUGAUGAAGAAAAUGAAGGUGCAGAUAAUGAUAGUGAUGAUAAUGACAAAGAUACAACAACAACAGCUAAGGUAACAACAGUAUCAAGUUCUUCAAAAAAGAAAUCAAAUAAAAAGAAAGCCCAAUCAUCAAAAAACAAAAAAGAAGAUGAUGAUAUUGAUUCUAUAUUAGCUGCUAUUGAAUCAACAAGUGUUUCAACAAAAAAAGGUGGAAAUAAAAAAAAUAAACAACAGACAACAACAACUAAUGAUGAAGGAAAUAUUAGGGAAGGUGAAGGACAAGAUCUCGAAGAUAUUUUAAAAGUAUGA